AUGGCUCCGGCGAUUACUAGAUCCGAACAACGGAGACAGGCACGUAUUGACAGUGAGCGAGCACCAACACAACCUGCACAACAUGAUCGUGCUCGACCGAGCACGCAAGCACAGAGACCAGCUCGUCCAUCAUCUCCACCUCGAGACCGCAGUGUUCAAUCUUCGACUCAUCACAGAGGAGAUUCUAGUGGUCGUGGUAACACAAGUUCCAGAGGACGCUCCCAACCGUCAACCUCCUCACGAGACAAUGCUCCCAGGCCACCAUCUACAACUCCGUAUAGAAGAGCACAGUCUAGAGUUCGAUUUGAUACAAGUCCUAGAAGACACAGUCAACGGUCUCCUCCAGCUCGAGAUAAUCGUCGCCGGUCACCAUCUCCAGUUCAAUACAGAAGAUAUCCAUCACGAGCUGGUCGUCUCAAUACACAGUCUCCGGACAGACAAAGCAGACAUUCUCCAGACCGCAACAACAGGAGACAGUCUCCACCUCGUCGUGGAGAUCGUACUGAUCCAUCAGGACGCUCUAGAAACGUGUCACCGGCUCGACGUUCACCGUCCUCGAAACGCUCCAAGACACAAGCGUCAACUGCCACUCAAAGCAGCCGUCAAGCUCAUGGUCGAGAUGUUUGUUCUUCCGAUCGAAAUCGGAGUAUUUCGAUGUCUCCAGAUGCUCGAGACAAUCGUCGCCGGUCUCCAUCUCCAGUUCCAUACAGAAGAAACCAAUCACGAGUCCGUUUUGAUAUAAGUCCUAGAAGAGACGGUCAGCGGUCAUCUCCAGCUCGAGAUAAUCGUCGCCGGUCACCUUCAGCUCGAGACAAUCGUCGCCGGUCUCCAUCUCCAGUUCCUUACAGAAGAAACCAAUCACGAGUCCGUUUUGAUAUAAGUCCUAGAAGAGACGGUCAGCGGUCACCUCCAGCUCGAGAUAAUCGUCGCCGGUCACCAUCUCCAGUUCAACACAGAAGAUAUCCAUCACGAGCUGGUCGUCUCAAUACACAGUCUCCGGACAGAAAAAGCAGACAUUCUCCAGACCGCAACAACAAGAGACAGUCUCCACCUCGUCGUGGAGAUCGUACUUAUUCAUCGGGACGCUCUAGAAAUGUGUCGCCGGCCCGUCGUUCACCGUCCCCGAAACGCUCCAAGACACAAGCGUCAACUGCCGCUCGAAGCAGCCGUCAAGCUCAUGGUCGAGAUGUUCGUUCUUCCGAUCGAAAUCGGAGUAUUUCGAUGUCUCCAGAUGAAAACAGAGCGCCUCGAGCCACUACUUCAAGUUCAAUGCAUGCUGGACCACCAUCGCCUCUUCAGGGAACAUCUUCCGGCCGAAACGUUUCAUUGUCUCCAGAUGGACGCCAGCCACCUUCUCCUAUAAGUCUACGGACACCGGCUCAAACUCGCACCAGGGCUUCUUCUCGGAAUCGGAGCAUCUCGAUGUCUCCACCUAGACACAGGACACCGUCACCAGUCACAAAUAGAGUUUCACCGGUUCAAACCACGCCACCAAGACCAGCAAGACCAUCAACUUCUUCUGAUACCAGAUCUUCCGGUCAAACUCGGAACCCUUUGACGUCUCCAGUUCGACGCGGGGCAAGUUCUUCGAUUGGUCGCCAGACACGCUCUCAAGUUCGAGCCUCUGCACCACCUCCAACGCAAGCUGGACCGUCAACUGCUGCACGCGGCGGAUCUUCAGGUAGAAGCUCUUCAGCGUCUCCGGUUGUACGCAGAACAAGAUCAGCUGUACGGUCGAGAGCCCAAUCACUUGCUCGAGGAAGCCCUCCAAAACCGCGCUACAAUAGAGCACGAUCAGUGCCUGCACCAAGAGGACCUAAUCGCAAGUGGAUUGCAGUCGAUAUGGUGUUAAAGAAAGUUGUCGUUUCUCCGGAAAACUUUCUCGAAGGUCCUCGCUUCGAGAAACUCAAAGAGCUAUCAGAAUACGAAUAUCGUAAAUUCGGAAAGCAGAUCGAAGACGAUCAAGUUGAUGAGACCAAAGACAUGUAUUGCGAAGAAUGUGAUGCAUAUUUUCGCCCUAGCUGCAAAGAACACCCAGUUCAUAGAAUCGAGGACGCCAUCGUGACUCUCCCUCUCCCUCGCAAUAGAACAAACGCCCAGAUGACAAUUCCCGCUAGAUAUUUGUACAUCGCCAAUUCCAGAAUCCCAAAUGCUGGAAAAGGCGUGUUCGCCAAGGAUCUAAUCCCCGUUGGCUUUUUAUUUGGACCAUACAAGGGAAAGAAAAUCAGGCAUCGUCGUAAUCUGGAGUCAAAUUGCUAUGCAUUCUUAAUCAAGACAAGCGACACAAGAUACUACCGGGAUGCAACUGAUGAAAGUCGCUCGAACUGGUUGCGUUUUGUUAACGCGCCACUUAGGGGUGUCGAGCCACAACUCAAUGCAAUUCAGAUUGGAAGACAAAUCUUCUUUCGCGUUGUUAAGGCCAUUGAACCCCAUCAAGAGAUGUUCGUCCCUUACGGAAAUUCUUUCCGCAUUCCUGGAGUCAACUAG